CAUUACACGCAUUUCAAAUUCUGUCAACUUUGGUGGCGCAUCACGCCGCGUGUGUUAUUUUUCAAGUUUUCAUACAAAUUGUUUUUAAAUAAAUUGAAUUAAACUAAUUAUGGGUAAACCAGGAUUUUCUCCCCGUGGUGGUGGCGGCGGUGAUAGAGGCCGUGGUGGUUUUGGUGGUAGAGGUGGAGGCGGUGGUGAUAGAGGCCGUGGAGGUUUUGGUGGUAGAGGCGGUGGCCGUGGUGGUGGCGGCGGUGAUAGAGGCCGUGGAGGUUUUGGUGGUAGAGGUGGUGGUGGUGGCCGUGGUGGUUUUGGCGGUCGCGGAGGUGGUGGCCGUGGAGGAGGCGGAAGAGGACGUGGUGGUGGUGGCCGUGGCGGCGGAGGUGGUGGCUUCAAAGGAGGCAAAACAGUUGUUAUUGAACCACAUCGUCAUGAAGGCGUUUUUGUUGCACAUGGCAAAGAAGAUGCAUUGGUUACAAAAAAUUUUGUGCCUGGCUCCGAAGUCUAUGGUGAAAAAAGAAUAUCUGUUGAGGGAAAUGGCGAGAAAAUUGAAUACAGAGUAUGGAAUCCAUUCCGUUCGAAAUUAGCUGCUGCUAUACUUGGUGGUGUGGACAAAAUUCACAUGGGACCUGGCUCAAAAGUAUUGUAUUUGGGUGCAGCUUCUGGCACUACCGUCUCACACGUCUCCGAUAUUGUUGGUCCUGAUGGCUUGGUGUAUGCUGUUGAAUUCUCACAUCGAUCCGGACGUGAUCUUAUUAAUGUAGCAAAGAAACGUACAAAUAUUAUACCCAUAAUUGAAGACGCCCGACAUCCACAUAAGUAUCGCAUGCUUGUUGGUAUGGUCGAUACAAUUUUCGCUGAUGUAGCACAACCCGAUCAGGGACGUAUUGUUGCUUUGAAUGCUCAACAUUUCCUUAAAAACGGUGGACAUUUUGUCAUAUCAAUUAAAGCAUCCUGUAUAGAUUCCACUGCUCAACCCGAAGCUGUAUUCGCUGCUGAAGUCAAAAAAAUGCAAGCAGACAAAUUGAAACCACAGGAACAGAUUACGUUAGAGCCAUACGAAAGAGACCAUGCUGUAGUUGUGGGCGUCUACAGGCCGCCACCAAAGAACGUAGGCUCAUAAGUGCAGAUAGUUUUUUUUUCUUAUCAAUAUCUUUCAUUUCCUAGAGAUUUAAAAUAAUUGCUCUUAGUUUUAAGUUUCCGUUUUACUUUAUCAAAUAUUAAAGUAAAAGUUUUAAGAAUUAAAAUAAUGCAUUUUAUAUUAAGUUGUAAGACAAUACA